UACAUACAACAAUCACACUACACGUCUGUAUGUAAACAUAGAGAACACAGUGACAAAUGCCAAUGUUUACGAGCUAAAGUCUCGAGAGAUUCUGUGAUUUGUUUUUUCUAAUGAAGCUGCAACACAACUACACUACAUGUCCUCUUUCGGAGCUGUCUCACAACUACAUUACAUGUUUUACGUCAGACUUGCCUAACAACUAUGCUAAAUGAGGUCUUCAUAACAGCAAGGUUUAAUAGUCUACAUGUCCUACAAGAAAUCCUGACUUUAAAACAACAGAUGAAGAUGGCUUGCUUUCAGUAUUGGAAUAUUAAUUACUAACACACUGAAGAUCAUUAAUGACAACAAGUACAUAUGUAAUUUUUAAUUAAGAUAUACAGAAAUGUCUUUCACACAAGAAAAAAUAUAUAGAUUUUCUUUCAAAUGAUUCCUAUUCCAAUAACAAAGUCUUUCACAAGACAAUGAGAGAGCCACUAGAUGUUCACUCAAUUUGCUAGAUAUAGCAAAUAAAUCUCUUUCAGAUCCUACCUACACUACAUCAACAAUAACAGCAGCAGUAGCAGUAGCAACAACAACAACAACAACAACAAAAACAACAACAACAGUAUUGCUCUCAAGUCACUGAGAAAGUCUAUAUAAGGUUGCUUGACAUGCUAGAUAUAACAACCUCUCCCAAAUAAUAUCUGCUACCUUAAAAAAAGUAAAGAAGACAUAUUGGAUAGUGUAGUAUCAGAUAAAGUUAUGUCUGGAAAGAUGGGAUGGUCCUGGCUGGAAUGUCUCUGAUCAUAAGUCCGCUGGAUCAAGGGUUGAUCAGAGGUGAGACAACAACUCACUCUUUCGCUGAAAAAACAAACAAGCAUUUAAUGUUGUAUGUGCUCACAAACACCAAAUCCAGUGAGGUGAUGCUAAUAUAAAGUAGAUUGGAGAUAUACUCAUUAACAUAGCUAAUGAGUUUGCAAUUCUAAUGAUUUCACACCACUUCCAGCUCCGUAUCAUUAAUUGUCACUAAUUGACAUCAGACUGUCAAAACUGAAACUGAAACAGUAAACAUUGAGAAUCUUCUUAAUUAUACAACUAACCUAUUAUACAUUGGCAUCGUUUAACACAAUAUACAAUGAAAUAUUCAGUUAUGUCUACUGAUACAGAACAGAGGACAAAUAUCUAAGUCACAUUACCUUGAAAUGUGAGCUUUUACUAUAAUGUCCCAAUUUAUUUUUCGACACAUUAUAAAAUAUUGGCAACAUUCCGUGAAGAAUAAAUCAGAAUUUGCAUUUUCUCAACAAAAUGGUUAGCCCCUUUUUAAUGCUAACCUACCUGAGACUACCUUUAGUUCUUUAAUACAGAAAUGCUUUAAAUCAAACCAUCCAUCCUAAUUUUAUUUUGAAAGGUUUUGCUAUAUUCCAAACAAUGGUCUUAUGAUGAAAAAGCCAUUUUACUAAAUUCCAUCAAAUUGUUGAUUAUUUUCAAGUUUAAUUAAAACACAUAAUGUAUUUCAUUAGAAUAAUAUUAGAACUUUAGCCAGGAAAGAAUCCUUAUUUUAAUCAAGCAAAUUAAGUCUUUUGAAACUUUUCUGCUGGAAUUCAUUUUAUAUAUGAAAUAUCAGUAAAACUACAAUAAUUAAUAUUUCAAAAAUUAAGCAUAAUAAUUCAUUCUAAAGAUUGAUGCUUCUUUGAAAAGAAAAAUAGAAUUAUUUAUAAAGAAUCUCUUAUUAAAGAAAUGGUAUAACCCUUUUGAUGCCAACUGAGCUGAGACUACCCCUUGAUUCUUUGAUGCAAACAUUCCAUUUCGAAAUGAUCUAAAUUAAAACCAUCCAUCAAAAUUUCAUUUUAAUUUGUUUCAAACACCAGCUUCAUUAAUGAGAAAGUUAUUUUAAUAAUGAAAGAAAUGAAAUUGAACCAGUGUAUGUAGUGAUCAUUAGCAAAAUGAUCCUCCAAAUGUAUAACAAAAUCUGUUUCAGCACAUGAUUUCAUGCCAACAAUCUUACAAACCAAAUACGAAAAUGAAAUAUUUGAAUAAAUUCUUCAUUAUUUUCUGAAUUAUUUGAAACUAAUGCAGUGUAUUUUCGACAAAAGGGUUAACAUUUUUUCCUCACUGACUGAACACCAGUUCCCAUCUUGAUGGAAGUUACCAUUUAAUCUCUCCUUUUGGAAUAUUCUUUUAUCAAAGAAGACUGGAAAUUAUUGAAAUUAUUACCUUGAAAAAGAAACCUUUAAAAUGUCUUCAACAGGAUUUCCUCUUAAACCUUCUGAUGAGAAAUAUGCAACAGAUGAUCGUAAAUAUUCAUUAACCUCUAAUUAUGAUGAUAAUUCAGCCAGUUCCAUUUCUAGUUCCACUGAGAGCUCAGUAAGUGAAGAGAACUAUUUUCAGAGAUAUGACAAUAUAUUGAAUUCAGCAUUCCGAAGAAACUAUGUGGAAGAGUCAACCAGUUCAUUAUGUAGCUCACCCUCCAGUAGCCUUUUUGGAAAUUCUAUAAAAGAUGACAUAUUUAAUGAGAGCAUUGAAAGCUUUGAUAAUUGCAACCAGCAAAGAAAUCCUGGAGAAUCAAGAAUAAAAGAUGAUCUGUCAUUGAUUUCUCAGUCAAAGAGUAAUGCCAUGAGUAUUAGUACGGAAGAAAUGUUCUCAAAUGUUGGGUUCUAUGCAGCUACUAAGAUACCAGAAAGAUUUCUCAGAAUCUGUUAUACAUCACAGAAACCAAAGUUGCAAAGGAAUGGUUUGAAAAGAUUUGACUUUGAUUCACUGACAAUGCAAGAUUCUAUAGAAACUGUCAUUGACAAUAAUGAGGAUAGUAAACAACAAGGAAAUAUAAAGAAUUGCCAUGAAAAUUCUAUAGAAGGAAAUAAAACUGAUUCUUUUUGUAAUGAUAUUGGCAGAAGUCAACCUUUAGAGCAGUUCUCAGCACAAAAAAAAUGUUCUGAAGCUGAGAAAUUCAAUAACCAAAACCGAAAUUUAAAAAAUAUCUUAAUUGAACAGACAUCAGAUUUUGAAGAAAAUUGUCCAAUUGAUCAGAAGUUUAUGGAAGAUAAAGGAAUAUUUUACAAACAAAAAAGCAUCCAUGAAGAAAUUGAAGAAGCGCAAAGAUGUUUCAUGAAGUUUGACGAUUCUUAUAACAAACAGAUAAGUCUGCAACAACAGCAAUUUUUGACAACUCCUGACAACAGAAUGAAUGAUGUCUGUGAUAUAACAAAAACUUCUGACAAUGAAAAAAUCUCUGAGAUUAAUAGUCAGUCAGAAUAUAAGAAACCUUGUGAAUCAAGUACUGAAGAGAUGAAGAUAUGUGAUAAUAAUUUUGAAGUGAAUGUUGUGAAUAGAGGAGGAGUCAAAUCUUGUGAUAACUAUAGAGAGGUACUGGAAUCAUAUAAUGUAGAUCAAGAAAUAUUUAACAUAAAUCCAAAUACAUCCACUCAGAUAGUUAAUUCAAAGGAAAGAAUUAAUAAAGGAUGUAGUGAAAUACCCAAUGUCACUCUACCAAGAAAUAAAUUGUGUUUAGGGUCAAUAGAGAAAAAAUCUAGGGAAAGUUUUGAAUCAGAUGAUAUUUUUGGAUCAGGUUCAAAUUCCAUUGAAUCCUUUGACUCAAAAGUUCCAUCUGAUGGGGCCCCAGAGAGGGAUGUGUUGUGUCAGAAAAGACCAAGAUUAUUAUUGAGUUGCCAAAAGAUGAACUCAGCAUCUAGCUUCUCAUCUUCUCUUGCUUCUCCCUUAACAAUAAUCAAUGUUCCUAUAGACAGAAACAAGAUACUCAAGACUAGAGAUAAAGAAAAGAAAAUUAGAAAUCCCAAAAUUUAUUCCAGUAGAAAUACACCAGUUCAGUCAGUGAAAAUUUCUGAGAGGAAGCGGAUGACUUCUGCUGAGAGAAAGUUUUCAGAGAAAAUACAACGAAGGAAUCCACUUCUGUUCCAAUGUGUUUCUCCAAACUUUAAAUGUGUAAUGGAAGAGCUUUCACUGGAGCAUGAUAAGCAACUGCCCUUACAUUCAGAACCAUGUUGGCCAAAUAAUAAUAAUAAUAAUAAUAAUAAUAAUAAUAAUAAUAAUAAUAAUAAUAAUAUCACAGAUGCCACUUCUGUUUGUAACAGAGUUUCUAACACUGGUUCAUAUUGUUCCUAUCACUUUCCCUAUCUCUCUGAAAGUCAAAGAAAUGGUUCAGAAAUUAAUAAGAAUUGUUGUGGGAGUGUAUGUACACCUGUUGGAACUCCUUAUAUUACUUGUGGUACAGAUGAUAUUACAGUUUAUUCUUCUGACAACAAUUCCAGAGAGAUAACUCAGAACAGCCAAACCUGUAACCAACUCCAAAACAACAAUAGCAACAAUGAGAUACAUAAUAGAGCAUGGUAUUCAACAUCCAUCACCGUUUUUGUACAGAAUCCUUCAAAUAAUUCCAAACACAGUAAAGCAUACUCAGAAGUGAGCUGUAGGAAUCAUUCUGGAAAUAGAUUUUGUAAGGAAAAACCUAAUUCUGUGGCAGCUCACGAUUACUGUGGCCAUGAUUUCUUAAGUAGUUGCAGCAGUUCUGAGAAAAGAUCUGCAAGUAAUAUCGAAAAUAUUUCCAGUUUCGAAAAGGAUAACCAAAAGAAUUGUAACAAAGAAAUCAAUGACUUUGAUUCCUGCAAAACUAAAAGUUAUUGUAACAAAUAUGAAAAUAUCAAAACUUCUUUCAGAUCUGAAGUUUUUCUUUAUUUAAACACAAAUAAACCAGAGGAAAACAAAAAACAUAAACACAUAAAAAGUUCCCAGACUGAUCUAACAGAUUCCAGUAGAUUAAUUUGUGAAAGAAAUUUUUUGCAAUGUAAUCAAAGUAUUUUAAGUUUGCACAAAACAACACAGACUGAUAUUACUUUUGUACCAGCAUUUGGCAACAGAUAAAUAUAUGUCUCAGAUGCUUGUGUAAUACAUGCUAACAAUUCCUAUGAUUAAGAAUUUUGCUUCCCAACCACACAAUUUCAGGUGCAUUUCUACCACUUGACACUUUGGGCAAGCAACUACUAAAAAAGCCCUAAGCCAACCAAAGCCUCAUAAGCAGAUUCAUGGAUGGAAACUGAAAGAAUCCUGUCAUACACACACACAUAUAUAUAUAUAUAGUAUUGUCUAAAAAUCUAUGAUUAGGAAAAAACGGGCACCCAUAUAUAAGGUAGACUAUAUUGAGACUAUAAU